UCCUGUCGUGCCAGCUUCCUACAAGCCGAAGCUGAGCCAAAACGAAAGAAUAAAACAAUAGAAAUUACUGUGACACAACGCAAAAAAACAAAAAAACACUUUCCACGCUCACGAGUUCAUCUUUAGUGUUAUCGUUUUAAACUUUUGGGUACGUCUUUUCGGCCGGAUUAUGAGUCUGGGCUAAAUACUAGGAUUUCCUUUACGCUGGUGCACUUCGGAGGAUGAUGAGCGAUAGCGCGGGGUUUACAAGAGACGCAGCUUCGACUUUAAAGGUCUUCAGGUGGUAUGGUGAGGCUUUCUCCCUGCAUGCCCUCUACCCAGCUACACACAAACACUAAGGGAUGUCCAUGUGUCUGCUCCUGCUCCUAAUAGCACUGUCCUCACACACACAGGUGUCCGUGGCGCUGAGGAAUUUACUAGAGCACUGGGCGAGCUACAGGAAUGAGUGCAUCCAGAGCUUCAGGAAUAGCCCACCUGCUGCAGGUAUGGUGUGUAACAGGACAUUUGAUAACUACGCAUGCUGGCCCGAUGGCAUGCCAGGGUCCGUCGUCAACGUGUCGUGCCCGUGGUACCUGCCGUGGCAUCAGAAUGUUCUGCAGGGGCAUGUGUAUAGAGGGUGUGGCACAGAUGGUCAAUGGGCUGUCAGCAAAAACACCACUGAAUGUGAAGAGAACAAUCCUGGAAUAAGGGAAUAUGGGCAGAUCCUCAGUAAGUUCAGAGCCAUGUACACAGUGGGAUAUUCCCUCUCUUUGGCAGCACUGGUCCUAGCACUGGCCAUACUGGUCACCUUUAGGAAGCUGCACUGCACUAGGAACAAUAUCCACAUGAACCUGUUCACCUCCUUCAUCCUGCGGGCCAUCUCCAUCCUGGUCAAAGAUGGCCUUCUGGACAUUAUAAACAAUGUCCACAUGGAACAUCACCCAUAUGAGGACCACAGCUAUGUCAGUGACAAGAUGGUGGCUGGAUGUCGUACUGCUAUGGUAAUGAUGCAGUACACUGUCAUCGCUAAUAACUACUGGCUACUUGUAGAGGGUUUGUACCUCCAUAGUCUUCUGGCCAUAACAGUGUUCUCAGAGAGGAAGUACUUCUACAUAUAUCUUUGCAUUGGAUGGGGUGCACCGGUGAUAUUUGUGUUGCCGUGGGUGACAGCUAAGUACCUGUAUGAGAAUGAACAAUGCUGGGAGAGGAACAUAAACAUGGGGUACUGGUGGAUAAUCCGUUCCCCCAUUAUCUUUGCCUAUCUGAUUAAUUUCUUUAUAUUUAUUAAAAUUAUAAAGAUCCUGAUGUCCAAAUUAAAGGCUCAUCAAAUGAGGUACACGGACUAUAAAUUCAGACUGGCUAAGUCCACCCUUACACUCAUUCCUCUGUUGGGGAUUCACGCCAUCCUCUUCACCUUUGUCAUUGAUGAAUCAGUCUCCAAAGAGUCUCUGCUGCGGCUCAUACGACUUUUCUAUGACCUCCUCUUCAGUUCCUUCCAGGGGCUCCUGGUCGCCAUUUUGUACUGCUUUAUCAACAAAGAGGUGCAGAAUGAGAUGCUGAAGCGCUGGCGGAGGUGGAAGCUGGGGAAAGACAUUGAUGAAGAGUACCGUCACACACACAGCCAGACAGCCCACGGCAAGAGCAGCAGCGCGGGCUUGGCAGUCGCACCCGAGCACUCCGACACUCCAGAGCCAACGGAUCCAAUGGAGCCGCUGCCACCCUCUGAGGAGAGCCGGUGCCUGGUGGUCAGGUGCCACAAUGGGACAGGUGGGGAGCGAAGGAGGGGCCAGGCAGUGCUGCAACUGGCCUUCCAGCCACAGGGGGACACCAGCAACUGCAGCUCCCUGACAGAGGAUACCUGUUUGGACGAGCGCCUGCAUGGCGGCGAAGACUGUCUAGCGGUGAUGGAGGAAUGUGAUGUCUGAGAGGACCGUGACCUCAGAUGUCUUUGCGAGGCUCAUCAUUUGGUCACAGGAUGGUGAACUCAGCAGAAGAAGCAAAAUGAAGCCUGAGUGACUGCAGCCCCAUCAGAGAAAUAAAGGACUUUAGGCCUGUGAAAUGAUAUUGUGGAGUUCAAUUGGAAUAAAAGCAAGACUUUUGUAACUUCAAGACAGUCCUCAUACUGCUGGGUGAAAACUCUUUGGAAGGAGCCGGUAGCAGGAUUUGGAUAAUUGGAUAAGAAAUACACACACACACACCCACACAGCUUAGAAAAAAAGGUACACACUGUGAACAUCAGCCAUCUUAACAGACAACUUUCCUGGACAUUUAAAACAGUUCUGACAUAGACUAUAAUGCCAUAGUGCUCCUAAAACAAAAAAACUGAGCAGCUAACACAAGCCACCAUGCACUCCAAGCUAGCGCAUGCCUGUUCUUAUGGCCAUGAAUGGACCACUAUCUGCUAUCUUCUGUGUUUAGAAAUAUAUGAACCCUGCUUACUGUUUCCAGAUGGAUCUAUAGCUUGUCAUAAUAUUCGCCAGCCACCGUACCACUGUGAAAAAGGCAGCAAUUUGACUUUAAAAUAAGGCACACAAAAACACAUCUCCAUGAGCUCAGUGUGAGACUAACCAUUUCCAGGCAGGACAGUCUCAUCACAGGGGCCAGUCGCCAAUGUUUUCCCACUGAUUUUGUUUUGAAAAUGUCCAGAUGUUUGAUGAGAAGUAGCUUGAAUUUGAACUUUUGUUGAAAAAAAAUUUAUUUACAAAUCACACACAAUGUUUGAAUUGUUUCUUGCCAUCACAACAGGUAAAGAGGCUGCACUGUGGGGUUUGCUUUUCAGCACCCUUUAUCUCCUGCUAAGUACGGUGAGCCAAAGCCUCUCUGAUGAACAAAAAAUGGAUGGUAGGGCUGAAAAGCCUUUAAUACCAUUAUAACAUGCAAACACAAACCCACACACUUCUCUGCUGUGCCGUUCCAAUCCAGAGAUAACCCAGGAUAACAGAAAAGUUUUGUGACAGAAUCAGAACUCAUACGAGAGUUCCAGUAUGCUAAGAUCCUCUUGGAGUUCUUCCUCCAAAUCAAGAAAUGUGUGGGAUUAUGAAGUAUGGGAGCAGCAUUCCAAAACACCGCAGGGAACACACUUUUUUUUAACCAGUUUUCACUGUGGAAACAUUUAGGUGUACAGUUGAAUCACAUGCAUUUUAAACCUGACACUCAUUCAAAAUUCAUAUGCCUGUGUCUGUAAGGCAUUGUAUAUAAUUUGCCAACCGUAUUUAUUAUUCAUGAUGAUGAUUAAUGUUAUUUAGCCAAGUGGCCUGCUUUUUCCUGAAUGUGUAAUAGUGUUUUAUUGGCAAGAAUGAGUUGGGGAAAAUAAUCUUUAAGCUGUGAGGACAUUUGUAGUGCAAUUUGAGUCUUAAGUGAAUAGUUGUCAAAAAAAAAAUAACUAAAAGAAAGAAAACUUCUGUAUGUUGUUUGCAGAUGAAGAGAUUAUAAACGAUUUCUGUCUCAAGGAAA